AUGAGUCAUAGAGUACAACUUCUUUUGGGUGCAUACCAUAUGACAUUUCCUUUGAAAAGUGUUGACAAAACGAUUGAGAUGAAAUCUGUUCCAUACGUAUGUUAUGGUAAUUGUUUAUACAUUGAGUCUAAAAUAGCUAAUGUCACAGAUAUUUCAGGAGUUAAUAGUAAAGGUUCAGUAGAAUAUAAAUCCUUCUGUUAUGCAGUCAAUUCAAUGUUCAUUCCAAACGUUCCUGUCAUAGCAACUCAUUUAGGUAAAUGGGUUCGCAUUAGUCCUCAUAAUUUGAAAGACAUGCAAUUCAGACUUGUUGACUUUCAAGGAGAGCCUGUAGAACUGAAGGCACCAGUGCGAAUGACUGUUGAAGUUGACUUUUUAGAAAAUAUUAAAUGCAACAGCUUACAAGAGAACUCAGAGCUAAAAAUAUAA